AUGUCUACACGCCUUACUGACUCCAACAGUGCUGCGGGUGUAGUUCGUGAGCUGGGGGAGGGUCUCUUUUCCGACUGUAAGAUGGACGUACUUCCGCUGCGUAGCGCCCAACUCGCAACAAUGUUCUGGAACAUAUUGCUUCCGGUUGCACUUGGCCCAAGUUCUUCGAAAACUAUAGUGUUCAUUAGAGACACGAAUGCAUCGCAGCAAGUAUGCUCUAUGGUACAGUACAAAUUUAAAAGCAAGGUGCAGGAUACGCUCAGGAAGCAAUUGUACCUUUGCGUGCAGUACAUACAUAGAGCACUAAUCUGCAGGCGCCCGUGA